GAGACACCGGUCCAGGAUGCUGAGCUAAAAGGGGAGCACUAAGACCCAGGAGUAGUGGUGAAGGACUGCAGCAACUGGCGGAGUAGGCGGCGGGAGCCAUCUGGUACCUUGGUAGCAUCCGAAGCGCCAUCGGCCAUAACAGAGAAAUGGCCAGUCAGUCCCAAGGUAUCCAGCAGCUCCUGCAAGCAGAGAAGCGGGCGGCUGAGAAAGUGGCAGAUGCCAGAAAGAGGAAGGCCCGGCGCCUGAAGCAGGCCAAGGAGGAGGCUCAGAUGGAAGUGGAACAGUACCGCAGAGAGCGGGAGCAGGAAUUCCAGAGCAAGCAGCAGGCAGCCAUGGGCUCCCAAGGGAACCUAUCAGCUGAGGUGGAGCAGGCGACAAGGCACCAGGUACAAGGCAUGCAGAGCUCCCAGCAGAGAAACCGUGAGCGUGUUCUGGCCCAGCUUCUCGGCAUGGUCUGUGAUGUCAGGCCCCAGGUCCAUGCCAACUACCGGAUUACUGCCUAGGAGACACCACAGGGCCUGGCUCCUCAUGGAAAGUUUCCCCUUGAAGACAUCCCCUUAUUGAAGUUACUUCUCGCUAUGUCCUGCUCUCCUUUCCAUCCUUAGACGUUCUCAGAGGCAGGAUUCAGUAGUUCUGGAAGUUUAUGAAUAUCCUGUCCAAGGCUGAAUCUCCUUUCUGUGCUUUAACCUUCACCAGAACUUAAGUAACCCUCACCCAGUGCCCUUGUGAAAAGUUAGAGCAUGGAGAAGUAGAGAUGUGGGAAACACUCCAAAUUCAGGUGAGGUUCUUCCAACCUUGUCACCUACAAAACCAGGACAAACUAUUUCCCUUACCUCCCCCGUGAGACUAGAAUAACAGUAUCUACUACAGGCUGCUGCAAGAUGAGGGAAUCACUGUGGAGUCUAGCAUGUAGUUUUGAUUUGUAAACAGCAGUCGUAUGAUAGUAUUACCGCCUCCCAUCCGUCCACCCAUUCUCUGGCUAAAACCUUAUCAUGGCUGUCUAAGCCCUUUCUCACACCACCGAGGCCUGCCUGGCGUUCUAAUCCUACUCAUCCAUUCUGUGAUUCUAGUCUAAAUUCUCUGAAGAAUUGGCUUUUCCCACUUCUCUUUUCCCAGAAACUUUAUAAGAUGUGACAAGAUGGAAUUAUGACUUCAUGUAUAAACCUCUCUAUUGGGGUUCCUGGAAGAUGUUGUAAUUCUCUUUCAAGUUGGUGUUUCUCUUUACUGGAUUUCUCCUUCCACUGUCCCCAAGGACCCAUGAGAUGGUUAUUGCUUCCUGAGAUAAAGUGAUGCUGUGUCCCCUUGUGUGCAUGGCUUGCCUUUAACACAUCCUCAACACUUCACUUUACCUUUGCAACAGCUUAAAAGUCAAUAAAAUAAGUAUGGGCAAAACCAA